CAGUUUUUCUUAGAGAAUAGAAAACACAUGUGUUUUCUUUUGCAAGACAUUUUAAUUCAAAAUCAAGUCAUAGUUAUCAAAUUUUAAAUCACAAUCCUAAUUUAAUGCACAAUGCCUAAAAUUGAAGAGAAACCUAAAGUAAUUUUAGAAGAAUUCAGAGUCAAGGUUUGUUGAUUUAAUUAAAAUAUAGCAAAGGUAAAGAAUGCGCCAGACGACUACGGACUAGCAGAUGAAAAAUGGAACUUUAAAAAAUUUGUUAAAAAGUUCCGCAUAGUAAUAGUGCGAAUGGACAACUUUGAAAUGGAAUUCGACUUGAUUGGCAUCCAACCCGCUUUUGCCAAUGCUUUUCGAAGACUAAUGCUUAGUGAGGUACCUAGUAUGGCAAUAGAGAAAGUUAUGAUUAGAAACAACACUUCUAUAAUUCAAGAUGAAGUUUUGGCUCACAGAUUGGGCUUGAUUCCUUUGAAAGCUGAUCCCAGAUUGUUUGAAUAUCGCCCUGAAGAUGCAAGUGAAGGCACAGAAUUUGACACGUUAGAAUUCACAUUGAAAGUAAGAUGCUCCAACAAUAAAUCACAGCCUAAAGAUUCAUACAGAUCAGAAGACUUGUAUGAAAACCACAGUGUGUACUCAUCUCAAAUGAAAUGGCAACCAAUUGGUAACCAAGCUUCAGUACACAAGGAGGCAGAUGUAGGCCCUGUCCAUGGAGAUAUUCUAAUUUCAAAGAUGAGGCCGGGGCAUGAAUUAGACCUGCAGUUGGUUGCUGUGAAGGGUAUUGGAAAAGAUCAUGCGAAGUUUUCACCAGUAGCCACAGCAUCUUACCGAUUGUUACCUGAAAUAAGCUUGACUCGCGAGGUAUCUGGAAGCGAAGCCACAUUACUCCAGACAUGCUUCUCCCCUGGUGUGAUUGACAUUCAUUCUGAUGGUCGUGCUUAUGUAAAGGAAGCUCGCUAUGACAUGUGCAGCAGGAAUGUCUACAAAUACAAUGAGAUCAAAGAUGCAGUCAUACUGAGUAGAAUCAGGGAUCAUUUUAUAUUCAAUGUGGAGUCUGUGGGAGCCAUGCCACCUAAUGUUAUUUUUGUGGAAGCAGUGAAAAUAUUAAGAGAUAAAUGUAAAUCCUUGUUAGAUGAAUUAAACAUAUUAUAAUAGAGGCAUUGGUUAAUACAUGA